UUUGGACCGCACUGCGCGCGUGGUGGCUCUGACCCAGUUGUCUCCAGCCUGUGGGUCAGCUGGGUGCUUGUGAUUUAACUGGUGUGAAGUGUGAGGCGUGGAGGCUUCUUCCCAAGCACUUGAGCAGUGAUAUUGGAUGCGGGGAGGGCCCUCGGGGCGAGCACACCCCUACCGCCCUGUGUCAGAGCGUUUCAGAACAUAGGCCAGCAUUUAGGCUCUCAGCAGAGCUGCUCCACUUCGGCCGGGAAGUUCUGGACCACACGGAGGAUUCUGUGUUUUUCACCAGCGGCGUUGUCCCAAAGUCUCGUGGAGAAGCUGCGCGUCGUGGCCACGGACUAGUUUUACGCACGGAUCUUCAAGCCUAGAAAAGGACAAUGCCUCGUUCCUUCCUGGUUAAAAAGUAUUUCGCCAAACAAAAACCAAACUACAGUGAACUGGAAUGUCAGAAUGAUGUUUCUCUGGAGAGGUAUCCUCUGGCUGAGUUAUCAUCAGCAGACAGCAUCUCCACAGCCACCUGCUUCACCUCAGGUCUGGUGUGGGAUCUGAGCCUCCUCCCCACCCUCUACCUGCCCUCCUCCCAGUCAGAGGCCUCUGUCGCCUCCGGCCCUCUGGACCUCAGCUCCCCAUGCAGCCUCAGCAGCAGCGCCAGCAGCAGCGGGGAGGAGGAUGAAGGGCGCACCUCGGACCCCCCCAGCCCCGAACCCGUGCACACAUAUGCUCCUCGCCAGAGGAUGAAAUGCACCGGCAUGAUGGCUCACAUCAGUCCGCCGGAGGAGGAGGAAGAGAGGGAGCCCACGGUCACAGCAGCCAGGCCAGCCUUCCUCUGCAAACACUGUCCCAAAGAGUACACCAGCCUGGGGGCUCUGAAGAUGCACAUCCGCUCACACACCCUGCCCUGUGUUUGCACCACCUGUGGAAAGGCUUUCUCCAGGCCGUGGCUGCUGCGCGGACACAUCCGCACACACACAGGCGAGCGCCCAUUCUCCUGCCCCCACUGCAACAGGGCUUUUGCAGACCGCUCCAACCUGCGGGCUCACCUCCAGACCCACGCUGAGGUGAAGAAGUACCAGUGCGGCGUCUGCUCUCGCACCUUCAGCCGCAUGUCACUGCUGCAAAAACACAGCUCCUCGGGGUGCUGCUCCACCUCGGCGUGAGGAAAAGGCGGACCCAUGGAGAGCUCAGAGCGAUGGAGGACAUCUUGGAGAAGAGGUCUACACAGGACUGUUCAAGACCCACAAAACCACAAAGAUCACAAAACUUUCUGAUUUAAGAGACCUGGAGGGAACUAAAGCUCAUGUUGGAUCUGACUUUACAAGCCUCUUAGCUUCUCUGUUCCAUUAUAAAACUGAUGAGAAGCUUUUUGUUUUGAAUCUUUCCUGUGUUUUUGCGGUUGGACCAUCAGAGCUGAACUCCACGUCAGCCCCUCUGUUGCUAUUGUGCCCAUUCCAGACAACAAAUACGUUGUGAACUCACAGGGGUUAGAGGUGUCUUUUCCUGUCUCUGUCCUGGUGCCGGCCAGCUCAGGAUCACGGUCCAGACACAGCUGCUCAGAGGUAGGGGUGCGUGGGCGGGAUAAAUCUCUUGGCGUGUCUGAAAACACACACACACACACACACACACCACACACACACACACACACACACACACUAAAGGCGAAUGCACACACAGCUGUCCUCGGUGCUGCGGUGCAGAUAGAUGAGGUGCUAACAGGUGCUGCAGCCGUGACCUUCGCCGCUCCAUAGCAGGUGACUUCUGAUGCCCUUGGUUUGCUCAAGAAGAAAGAGGAAGCAUGUCAUCCCUGAGGAAUGGCACCAGUUAGUGUGCUUUUUCAGCAGCAGGGAUCAUUUUAAGCCUCUGUUGUGACUAAAGCAGAACUUUAGUAUUAAUCUGAUGAGUUUCAGAGAUAGGACACGCAGUCCUACUGCUUCCCAAAGAGGACUGACUGUACAGCUCUGCUGCUGCAGGAGUGGAAAACCAAAGCCAUGCACUCAAGGUUGCUGCAGUGUUAACCAAACCAGCCAAAAGCCAUAGGACUCAGUGAAUGUGCCAUGAAAUUGUAUUACUUCAAACACCAAAAUGUGCCUUUUUUUUUACCUCGUUUGGUAGCCGUAGUUUUAUGACCUGAGUUCAGUAUUAGCAGUGGCUGGGACCAAAUAUUUUUUACCAUUUCCACCAUGUCUGAUACACGAUGAAAGCCUAGUAAGCAGACAAAUAGGAAAUGUGACUUUUCCUGAAUAUUUUAUGGCUGUUUUUUUUUCUAGUGCAAUGUGUUUUUGUACCCUGCUUGUGUGUUCCACCCGUUUCCUGUAUGAAAUAAAUGAUGCAUUUUCAUUCAAUAAAGUAAUUUAUGUUUAUUAAAACUGUCACUGCUGUUUAC